GGCGGGGACUCGCCCGGCCCCUCCCGCCCCGCCCACCCCCGGCGGGCGGAAGGGGCCGGUCCGGCCGUGACGUGGCGGGAUGGCGGAGUCCUACGUGAGACCGGGGAACCGGGAGCGCGGCUGGAACGACCCCCCCCAGUUCUCGUACGGGCUGCAGGCGCAGGCCGGGGGCUCCCGCCGGACGCCGCUCACCCGCCGGGCCCCCCCCCCCCCCGAGGGCGCAUCCCCAGGUGCCCCCCCGGCCGCGGGCAGUGCCCCCGCAGACCCCUCCGCGCCGCCCCCCCGGGCGCUGGGGCCGCCCCCGCUGGGGCCCGUGGGCGCUGCCCCGCGGGCCGAGGCGCGGCCGUGCCCGGAGGAGCGGGAGUGCAGCGUGUCCGCCGACACCGUGCUCGCCCCGCUGCGGGCGGCCCUGGACUCCUGCCGGCCCUCGGUGCAGAAACAAGUGUGCAAUGACAUCGGGCGGCGGCUGACAGUGCUGGAGGACGCGUGGGCUCAGGGGAAGCUGUCGGCACCGGUGAGGAAGAGGAUGAGCCUCCUGGUGCAAGAGCUCCAGCAGCAGCACUGGGACGCGGCUGACGAGAUCCACCGCUCGCUCAUGGUGGACCACGUGAACGAGGUGAGCCAGUGGAUGGUGGGCGUCAAGCGCCUCAUCGCCGAGACACGGAACCUGCCCGAUGCAGCGACGGACGGCAGCGCUGAGACCGAGACCGAGCCUAAGACCGAGACCGAGCCGGGCCAGGAGGAGCCCUGACACCGGGGGCGGGGCUGCGGACUGUGAGCGGGGCAGCCCCUGCCCAGGGCCGCCGGCAGGAGCAGGGACCCCGCUGCCAGAGGGAGUCGGGGCACCCCCUCUGCCUCCCAAUCCUCAUCCAGGAAAAGGGGAUUUUAAUCAUUGCGACAUUUUAGUGGCGAUUCAUUAUGUUUAAUAAACAACACCAACCUGCCCCCAGC